AUGGCCGCUGCAGCCCGCUCUGCCACCCGGGCCUUUGCCCGCUCCAACCUCCGCCCUGUUGCUCGCAGCUCCCGCUUCGCGCUCCCCAUCCAGACUGCCCGCGCCUCUGGUCGCCGAGGAUACUCGUCCGAGGCCAAUGCGCCCAAGUCCAACAGCGCCCUGUUCAUCGGCAUUGGUCUCGCUGCCGCCGGUGGUGCUGGCUACUACUUCUACAGCAACGGCGACGCAAAGGCCUCGGCCACGUUCGUCCCCACCCAGGACGACUACCAGAAGGUCUACAACGAGAUUGCCCGUCUCUUGGUCGAGAAGGACGACUACGAUGAUGGCAGCUACGGCCCGGUCCUCGUUCGAUUGGCAUGGCACGCCAGCGGCACCUACGACAAGGAAACCGGCACUGGUGGCAGCAAUGGCGCCACCAUGCGAUUUGCCCCCGAGUCGGACCACGGUGCCAAUGCUGGCUUGAAGCUUGCUCGCGACUUCCUCGAGCCAGUCAAGCAAAAAUUCCCCUGGAUCACCUACUCUGACCUCUGGACCCUGGCCGGUGUCACGGCAAUCCAGGAACUGCAGGGACCUGCCAUCCCCUGGAGACCUGGCCGCCAGGACCGUGACGUCGCCGCCUGCACCCCAGACGGCCGUCUCCCCGACGCUUCCAAGGACCAAAAGCACAUCCGCGCCAUCUUUGGACGCAUGGGCUUCGACGACCGUGAGAUGGUUGCCCUGUCCGGUGCCCACUCGCUCGGCCGCGCCCACACCGACCGAUCUGGCUACGACGGCCCUUGGGACUUUAGCCCUACUGUCUUCACCAACGAGUUCUUCCGCCUCUUGGUUGAGGAGAAGUGGGCCUGGAAGAAGUGGAACGGCCCCGACCAAUUCACCGACAAGACUACCAAGACCUUGAUGAUGCUGCCCACCGAUCUCGCCCUGGUCAAGGACAAGGAGUUCAAGAAGCACGUUGAACGCUACGCCAAGGACAGCGAGGUCUUCUUCAAGGAAUUCUCCGAUGCCUUUGUCAAGCUGCUCGAGCUCGGUGUGCCCUUCACCUCGGAGGAGCGCUACACCUUGAAGACCAGCUCGUAA